AUGGAGCGGAUCAUCCUGAAAGAUAUGUCAAAACAUACUGAAGACGGGGAGGUGGUUGGGGACAGCCAACGUGCCUUCACCAGGGGCAAGUUGUGCCUGACCAGUCUAAUGGCCUUGUACGAUGGAGUGACUGCAUCAAUGGACAAGGGAGGUGCUACGGAUGUCAUCUGCAUUGACUUCUACUCUGUCUCUUCUGUACUGUCAAUAUCUCAGCUCCCCAGCCCACCUGCAGGAGUUUGGUCCCUGGCUGUCCGCACGGCAGGAGUGUUUCUUCACUCCCAGCUCUCCCUUGGAGUCGACCAGCUAAUUGCCUCUGAAGCUAAAUGUGGGCGUUCAGGAGGGAUCGUUCACUGCCGGAGCCGCUCCGUGUCGUCAGCCGGAGAAGCAGUGUGCCAGAGGAUCCCCGCUGUCACCGUUCUGCUCUUCUCCUGGCGCCGCAGACCAGUGCUGUCGGGGGGCUCAGCACCUCCCCUCUCUCAUCUGCCUCCAUCCUCUCCGACUGUAAGAUGGCACAUUGAACUACAGCCAUGGGCGAGUCCAACUCCUUCCCUCAACUACGAGGCCUUGAGGUUCCUGAAGUACAUUAGCACUUCUCAGAUUUCAUGUGAACACAUGAACCUGAACAGCCUGAGAGGGCACCCUGAAACUGCAAAGAAGCCCUGGUCGAUCUGUCUUGAUGAGAGGUUUAGCCUUAUUCAUCGCAUCAGGAGCAAGCAGUGCCGCCUCUAUUCCCUUGGGCUAGGCAACGAUGACAACCAGUUUGAGAUCAGCAUGGCCAACAGUGGAUGUGAGGUGCAUCGCUUCGACCCCAGCAUCAAGUCAGCACACAUUCAUGAGGGUCAGCACCUCUGGUACCAUCGCCUGUCCAUUGACUGGAGGGAUCCCAAUCCAGCCAUUGCUGCUCAUAAACUUCACAGCAACACGAAGAAGCUGGGCACCAUAUUGAAUGAAUUUGGACAUCAGAAGAUUGAUGUCCUCAAGGCAGAUGUGGAGAGUGCCGAGUGGAAAAUUUUGGAAAACCUGAUCCUGGAAGAUGUUGUUGAGCAGAUAGGACAGCUGGUCGUUGAGGUGCACAUCCACUGGCCUGGGUUUGAGGUCAGCGGCAACGACAGCACCGUGGUGCGGUACUGGUACAGCCUGCUCCGAGAACUGGAGCUGAAGGACUUCAGGCUUUUCCAUACCUACAAAGACUUAUCAAAACCACAGAUGUUUCUGAAGAAGGAAGCCUUCAACGCCAGUAGCUGUUACACACUGAGCUGGGUAAAUACAAGAUGGAAAUAGCAGAAAGGAAUUUAUGAUGUGUGACUGCGAGCCAUCUGGCCCCGUAGCAUUAUUGAAGAGGACUUUGGCAUCGCUGGCUAAAGUUGCUAAAUAUGCACACAGCGACUGCUAACAAAACGGACUGCCUUUUAUUUUUAUACAUUGUCAAAAGAGCUGGCACUAGGAGAAGAUACAUGGUGCAGAUUUGUAUAGGGAUGGAUUUGCCAGGGGUUCAGCGCCUCAGAGGACAGAUGUGUCUGGAGUGGGUAACAGCCUGGCUUUGCCCGGCUGCCCCAUGGCAGAGCCUGCUGGCAGAGAGGGCAUGGCUGGGGCUGCCCUGGGAAGCUCUGCUCGCUGAGCUGUGCAGGAGAGUGGUGGUGAGAAGGUGCCUUUCUCAGGAAGGGUCAGGUGUUACUUCUCUUGGUAAAGCUAUCUUUGACUUGUGCCUUCUUUACUUUGGCCUUGUUUCCCAUGGAACAAAUUUUAGGCAAGAAGAGUGUGUUCUUCAGCCCACUGGCAAAUUUCAGCUGAAUUUGGCAGAGGGAGAAAUCGCCACCAGACUAAAUUCCUACCUAUUUCGUGGAGCAGCGUCUGAGUGCUCUGCUGUUGGCUCCUUAAGGCAGUCUAGCUGCGGGAGGCGAGUUCAGCGCUUCUGACACAGGAGUUGAUGGGACAGAGAGACUCAGCUGCUGGAAAAUCUGCCACAGGUGCUCCCCCUCCUUAUCCUCCUGAAGCUUCAGCCACGCAAGACGUGGCUUCCCUAGUUAUUCUGCUCAAAGAACGGCUUGUUUUAAGUUACUCUUGCAGUGGCUGUAGCAAAUGGUUUUUCAUCUAGCGAGAUGCUUAUUUAAAAGAGAUGAAAGUGAAAACUGGUCUUUUUUUCCCUUUGUUUUGGGGUUUAGUUGAAUGUUUUGCUGCGUGCCUUCUCCAGCCUUGGGCCUGUGGUGCAGUGUGCUCCUGGGAGCCAGCCUUGGCCAUUCCCUGAAGAGCUAAGGGAUGGGGGGAGCUAAAAAAAUACACAGCAGGUUGGGUUUUUUGCUUCUCUUUGAAAAAAUUUUGAUAUUAAACUUUGCAUUAAAAUACAAGAUGACACCA